AUGUCUCAUCCAAUCCUGUCAGAAUUCGACAUCGUUUUUGCUGGAGGUGGCACUACAGCUUGUGUUGUCGCAGGUCGCUUGGCUGCAUAUGAUCCCUCGCUCAGGAUCUUGAUUCUGGAAGCGGGUCAACACACCCUCAAUAAACCUAUUCAUCAGUGA